CAACACUCACUCACACACUGCGGUCUCUUCAAUCAACACCCCAAAUAUCUCUCUCUCUCUCUCAGAGUCUUUAAGGCUCCGAGCACCGAGCAUUGGUGUCCGCGACGAUCUAGCUCCACUAGAUAUUCCAACACUAGAUGGACCGGAGUCGACGGACCGAUAGCCCGGUCUACACUCGCCAAUGGACCAGCGAGUCCGGAGGAGCCACAUCUCCAGCAAUGUCUCCGGUGCGUGGCCACCACGCGCGGUCCUCCUCCGCCAGCGGAAUCUCCAACAUCAAACGCACUCAGAACUUCGCCGCCAAGGCCGCUGCUCAGCGCCUCGCUCAGGUAAUGGCCUCGCAGAACACCGGAGAUGACGACGAUGACGAUGAGGACGAUCUCGGAUUCCGGUACAGUGCUCCGCCACCAUUCUCUCUGGUCAGGAAUGCCAACAGUCCCGGUGCUAAACCUGCGGUUCCGUCCGGGAGGACUGGUUCUACUAGAUCGGCUUCACCCGCGUUAGCUCGGAACUUAGAGGACACUGCAUCAGUUCGCUCAACCUCAGCUGGAAGGGCUCUUCAUGCAGCACCUCCAUUGGUGCCACCUCGAACAACAUUGAAGACUGCAACAUCUAUUCCACCGCUGGACCCUCCUACCAUUAAUAGGAAAAAAGAAAACCGAUUCGUAUCCGAAACAGGAAAUUAUAAAUCAAAAGAUUCAGGAGAUCAACGUGAGGCUUCUGCACUGCGUGAUGAACUCGAAAUGCUACAAGAAGAGCAUGAAAAUAAUCUUGAUAAGCUCCGGCACGAAGAAGAGAGAUGUGAGGAAGUAGAAGCCAGAGUUAGGGAACUUGAAAAACAGGUUGCUGCUCUUGGAGAAGGUGUGUCAUUGGAAGCUAAACUUUUAAGCAGGAAAGAAGCUGCCUUACGACAAAAAGAGGCUGCUCUCAAAGAUUUAAAACAACCAAAGGGUGGAGUUGCUACACAGGCCGCAUCUCUUCACUCUAAAGUGCAGAAAGCAAAAGAAGCAAAUGCAGCUAUUAUGAAACAACUUAAUGGAGCUGAAUCUGAAGUUAAAGCCCUUCGAUCCAUGACUCAAAGAAUGGUGUUGACUCAAAAAGAGAUGGAAGAAGUAGUUCUGAAGCGAUGUUGGUUAGCACGUAACUGGGGCUUGGCUGCAAAAUAUGGUAUAUGUGCAGAUAUUGCAGUAUCCAAGUACGAACAUUGGUCGUCCUUAGCUCCUCUUCCAUUUGAGGUGGUUGUAUCUGCCGGACAAAAAGCCAAGGAAGAAUCCUGGGAAAAAGGUGAUGAUGAUCCUGACAAGAGAAACAAUCUUGUUCAGGACUUGAACGAUUUAACUGGAGAAGGAAACAUUGAGAGUAUGCUUGCAGUUGAAAUGGGAUUAAAGGAGCUUGCUUUCCUGAAGGUUGAGGAGAAUAUUGUGCUUGCAUUAGCCCAACAACGACGACCAAACUCUGCUCGGCUAUCCUUCUCGGAUAUGAAAUCACCGGCUGAUCCAAAGUUUAUGGAGGCAAUUGAGUUGAGUCCAGAGGAGUCUGAGGAUGUUCUAUUUAAGGAGGCUUGGCUUACUUACUUUUGGAGAAGAGCGAAAGUACAUGGAAUAGAGGAGAACAUUGCCAAAGAAAGAGUUCAGUUUUGGAUUAACCGCAGUGGACAUGCACCAACUUCACAUGAUGCUGUUGAUGUUGAGGAAGGGCUUAUGGAACUCAGGAAAUUGGGGAUCGAGCACCGGCUUUGGGAAGAAUCACGCAAGACAAUUGACCAAGACUCUUCCACGGUAAAACUGGCUUGAUAGUCAAGAUCCCUUGGUACUCAUGAAAAGUGGAGGGCUUUUUUCUUGUUUUUCUUUUUCCAGCAACUAAGGGUACCGUUUCGAUCAUUAAUUUGUGCCUUGAAAGGCAUGUGUAAGUCGUUAUUACAAAUGUAUAUAAUGUAUUUGAAUA